AUGGUCAACUUCAAUUUAGGGAAAACACAAAAGUUGUGGCGAUGUUAUGGUUUACUUGGGCUUGAUCAAUCUGAAGAGGCACCAGCUUCAGUUAAAAUUGACGCGGGGGAGAGGGGGAAGAAGGACGGGGAGGUGGAGGUGGAAGCGUACCGACAGGGCGCCCAGAAGACGGAGCUGUGCAACAAGUGGGAGCGCGGCGCGUGCCCCUACGGCGGGCGGUGCCGGUUCGCGCACGGCCUGCAGGAGCUGCGCCCCGUGAUCCGCCACCCGCGCUACAAGACCCUCCCCUGCCAGAUGUUCGUCGCCCCCUCCGGCUGCCCCUACGGCCACCGCUGCCACUUCCGCCACUCCCUGCCGCCCACCGCCGCCGAGUCCUGCUAGGCCGCCGUGGACCGCCCGUCUCCCCUCCUGCUUUAAGCUGUGCUUGUCAAGUUUCGGAGCUGCUUGUCUGUCAUUCAUCGGUAGAUCAGUUAGCUUAAUAAAGUGGCAGCACUCUGCAUGCAUUCGUUAUUAAGGUCAGUUAGCUUAAUAAAGUAAG